AUGAGUGCGUCGGGAAAAAGUCUGCUCGGCCUGUGGCUCUAUCGCAGCGGCGAGCAGGAGUGGUCCGUCAAGCAGGGCAGUCCGUUGCACAAUCUGAAGAAGGGUUCCGACCACUCGGAUUCCGCGCACACCGGCCUCGUCCGACAUGUCUCCGCGCCAGCUCAUCAGAAAACGGAAAAUGUGGGAAAGACCGUUGGCAUUGAGGUGUCGCGGCCACCACAAAUGCCGGGAGAACGGAUUUCCAUAAUAUUUACGUUGAAGAACCAGGUCGGUAAUCUGGCCCGAGCUCUGCAGGUCUUCCAGGAAUUGGGCAUCAACGUGCUCCAUUUGGAGUUGUCCCCACUACAGGCGGCCACCAAUCAGGCGGAUGUGCUCGUGGACGUUGAAUGCGACCCCCGACGCUUGGAUCAAGUCGUUAAAAUGUUGAACCGGGAACGCGACAUUGCUUCCGUUAAUUAUACGACCGUUAGUACGCAUAGCUUGGCUCGCGCGCCCUCCCUCUCCGCCUGUUCCAGCUUUGAUUUCGGCGAUAUGGUGUGGUUCCCGCGCAAAAUAUCUGAUCUCGACAAGGCACAGAAUGUCCUCAUGUAUGGCUCAGAGUUGGAUGCCGACCAUCCGGGCUUCAAAGAUCCCGUCUAUCGCAAGCGCCGCGAACAGUUCUCAGCUAUAGCGAACAACUUCAAGUAUGGCGACCCCAUUCCUCGCGUGCAGUACACUGAGGAGGAAAUAAAAACUUGGGGCACCGUCUUUCUCGAGCUACAUCGCCUUUACGUCUUGCACGCUGUGCCGGAAUAUAUGGAGAACUGGCCGGAGCUGGUCAAGUACUGUGGCUACCGGGAAGAUAAUAUUCCACAGCUGCAGGAUGUCAGCCAAUAUCUGAAGCGUAAGACAGGGUUCCAGCUGCGGCCGGUCGCGGGCUACCUAUCGCCUCGCGACUUCCUCUCCGGUCUAGCCUUUCGACUAUUCCAUUGCACUCAGUAUAUACGUCACUCAUCGGACCCGUUCUAUACACCGGAGCCCGAUUGUUGUCACGAACUUUUGGGUCAUAUGCCCCUUCUGGCCAACUCGAGUUUUGCGCAGUUCUCUCAGGAGCUUGGAUUGGCCUCCCUGGGCGCCACGGAUGCCGACAUCGAGAAGCUGGCUACGCUCUACUUUUUUACGGUGGAAUUCGGACUUUGCAAGCAACCGGACAACAGUUUCAAGGUCUAUGGCGCUGGCCUGCUGAGCUCUGUGGCGGAAUUGAAGCACGCGAUUGCAGCGGAUGAGAAAAUCAAGAAGUUCGAUCCCGACGUAACGUGCAAGGAGGAGUGUAUUAUCACCUCCUAUCAGAAUGCCUACUACUACACGAGUUCCUUCGAGGAGGCCAAAGAGAAGAUGCGGGCCUUUGCGGACAGCAUUCAACGUCCUUUCGGAGUGCGCUAUAAUCCCUACACCAUGAGCGUGGAGGUGUUAUCAAAUGCCCAAAAGAUUACCGCUGCGGUCAGUGAGCUCAAGGGGGACCUAAGUAUUGUGUGCUCGGCGCUGCGCAAAAUAUCGGCCACCGAUGAGAAUCUCGAUGUGGACAGCAUAGCCAACAUGUUGCACAACAGCCUGAAGGUUCGUGCCGAUGGCGGAGCAAGCGGGGAGCGGACACCGGUCAGCCCGGUGGGCACCAGUCCGGACAACUCAUCGCGCUCGCCGGAUGACGAGGAGGACUAAAGCCAGAGGGGCUUUCUUUACUUCAAUGCUCGGGACCACAUUAUUAUUACUCUAGCUUACCGAUAUCCCCUAUACUAACCGACCGUGUAUACUUUCUGUUGCUGUUGCUGUCGUAGUUGUUGUUGUUUCGCAACUUUAUUUAGUGGCCAUUUGAACUUAUGUUAUUAUGUAUAAACUACUUGUAUGAUGUAUUUAAAAUGUUAACUUAAUUAAUAAAACCCAUCAAGAUGCUUAGCCUAAA